AUGUCUUCGAGACCCGAAUUGAAGGUCGACGAUGAACACGGCUUCAUCCGCUUCUUCAAGUCUCUCCCGGCUGUUCACGAAGACACAGUCCGAAUAUUUGAUCGAGGUGAUUGGUACACUUCACAUGGUGAAGAUGCCAACUUCAUCGCCCGUACAGUAUACAAGACGACGUCCGUCGUAAGGACCCUGGGCCGAGAUGAGAAGACAGGCCUCGCCUCCGUGACAAUGACCGUCACGGUCUUCCGACAAUUCCUUCGAGAAGCGCUCUUCAAGCUGGGAAAGAGAAUAGAGAUAUGGGAGAGCACCGGCGGCCGCAUGAACUGGAAGGUCGUCAAGCAGGCGUCUCCGGGUAACCUGCAAGACGUGGAAGAGGAUUUGGGUGGCCAGGUUGAGGCCGCUCCGAUGAUUCUCGCUGUCAAGAUAUCCACCAAGACUUCCGAGGCCAGAAGCGUAGGCGUCUGCUUCGCCGAUGCCAGUGUGCGAGAGUUGGGCGUCAGCGAGUUCCUCGACAACGACCUGUUCUCCAACUUCGAAGCUCUGUUGAUUCAACUGGGCGUCAGGGAGUGCCUCAUACAAAUGGACAAGGCAGACAAGAACAAGGACCCGGACCUCACGAAGCUGAAGCAGAUCAUCGGCAACUGCGGCGUCUCCGUCUCAGAACGGUCGGCCGGCGAGUUUGGCACCAAGGACAUCGAACAGGACCUUGCGCGUCUGCUCAAGGACGAGCGCUCGACCACUCUCCUGCCCCAGACCGACCUCAAGUUGGCCAUGGGCUCGGCCGCGGCUCUGAUCAAGUACCUUGGCGUGCUCCACGAUCCAUCCAACUUCGGACAGUACCAAUUGUACCAGCACGACCUCUCUCAGUUUAUGAAGCUGGAUGCGGCGGCGCUGAAGGCGCUCAACUUGAUGCCUGGCGCCCGGGACGGUGCCAAGUCCAUGAGCCUGUAUGGGUUGCUUAAUCACUGCAAGACUCCAGUCGGAAGCCGGCUGCUGUCACAGUGGCUCAAGCAACCACUCAUGAACAAGGCAGAGAUCGAGAAGCGUCAGCAGCUUGUCGAGGCCUUCGUCAACGACACAGAGUUAAGGCAGACGAUGCAGGAGGAACACCUGCGUUCGGUACCAGACCUCUACCGUCUCGCUAAGCGGUUCCAAAGGGGCAAGGCCAACCUUGAGGACGUCGUUCGUGCGUAUCAGGUCAUCAUCCGGCUGCCUGGCUUCAUGGGAACUUUGGAGGGCGUCAUGGACGAAGCAUACAGAGAUCCUCUAGACGAAACCUACACGACCCCUCUCCGCGGGCUUUCCAAUAGUCUUGCAAAGCUCGCGGAGAUGGUCGAGACCACUGUCGACCUGGAUGCCCUAGACAACCAUGAGUACAUCAUCAAGCCCGAGUUCGACGACAGCCUGAGGAUCAUCAGGAAGAAGCUUGACAAGCUCAAGAGAGAUAUCGACCAAGAGUUCUCGGACGCGGCUCGCGACCUGAAGCAAGAAGUCGGCAAGAAAAUCUUCCUAGAAAACCACAAGGUCCACGGAUACUGCAUGAGACUCACGAGACAGGAAGCCGGCGCCAUCCGGAACAAGUCGGGUUACCAGGAAUGCUCGACGCAGAAGAACGGAGUCUACUUCACGACCAAAACACUGCAGAGCCUCCGUCGAGAGUUCGACCAGCUCUCGCAGAACUACAACAGGACACAGAGCAGCCUGGUUAGCGAGGUUGUCGGCGUGGCGGCUUCAUACUGCCCCGUCCUCGAGAGGCUUGCUGGUAUCCUGGCCCACUUGGAUGUCAUCGUCUCCUUUGCCCACUGCUCCGUCCAUGCGCCCUCCGAGUACGUCCGCCCCACGAUGCACAAGCGAGGCGAGGGCCAGACGAUUCUCAAGGAGGCCCGCCACCCGUGCCUAGAGAUGCAAGACGACGUCCAGUUUAUCACAAACGACGUUACCCUGACGCGGGACAAGUCCUCUUUUCUGAUCAUUACGGGUCCCAACAUGGGCGGAAAGUCGACCUACAUCCGCCAGAUCGGCGUCAUCGCCCUCAUGGCGCAGAUCGGCUGCUUCGUCCCCUGUACCGAGGCUGAGCUGACCAUCUUCGACUCCAUCCUCGCUCGCGUCGGCGCCAGCGACUCCCAGCUCAAGGGCGUGUCGACGUUCAUGGCCGAGAUGCUUGAGACGGCUAACAUUCUCAAAUCGGCAACAGCCGAGUCCCUCAUCAUCAUCGACGAGCUGGGCCGCGGCACCUCGACCUACGAUGGCUUCGGCCUUGCGUGGGCCAUCUCGGAACAUAUCGUCAAGGAGAUCGGCUGCUUCGCUAUGUUCGCGACGCACUUCCACGAGCUGACGGCACUGGCGGAUGAGCACCCGCAGGUCCACAACCUGCAUGUGGCGGCGCACAUCGGCGGUGGCGGCGGCGAGAACAGCAAGCGUGAGGUGACGCUUCUAUACAAGGUUGACGACGGUGUGUGCGACCAGAGCUUCGGUAUCCACGUGGCGGAGCUGGUGAGGUUCCCGGACAAGGUGGUGCGUAUGGCAAAGCGCAAGGCCGACGAGCUUGAGGACUUUACCUCCAAGCACGAGGACCUAGGGCUUAAGUACAGCAAGGCGGACAUGGAAGAGGGCAGCGCGCUGCUCAAGGAGGUGCUGCUGCGGUGGAAGGAAGAGGUCGACGCGGGGCAGAUGAGCAAGGAGGAGAUGGUCUCUAAGCUGAAAGGUUUGGUGAUGGCGAACGAGAAGCUGCUUGCCAACCCCUUUUUCCAGUCUGUCAAGACGUUAUAA